AUGUCAUUGGCGGGGGACUCUGUGUUCGCCAAUAAGAGUGUGGACGACUUGCGGCUGAUUUGCAAGACCUUGGAGGUGACCUGCCGUGGAAACAGGGCAGAGAUCAUCGCAAGGCUGCGCCAGUUCACGCCCGGAGCUGUUCAAGUCGCCUGGUGCAGGAGUGCCGCCGCUGCCACCUAUGCCUCCAGAUGUGAGUCUGAACAGCAGGCUAAAGAUGACCGUGCACGGCGUCUGACCUUGGAGGAAUUGCGUGAGUCUGAACAGCAGGCUAAAGAUGACCGUGCACGGCGUCCGACCUUGGAGGAAUUGCGAUCCUCGAUCAUUCCCAAAGGGGAGAAAAGACGCAGAACAACUCCUGAUCGUUACUCUCCCUGUUCGCGGCCUUCGGAUGAUGAUGACGACAGCUGGCAGGACAUCUCGCUCGACGGGGAAUCCGAAUCCGGCGCAAUGGAUGACGAUGAGGUCGUCGUGAUCUCGGAUGCUGGCGAAUAG